AUGUCCCCACGACUAAUGGGGCUGCCAAUGCAGCUUCAACAAUUCAUCGCCCGGCCCUUGCAGUCCUCACCACUGGUAUUCCUGGCGCCUCAAUUCCAGCAGACACGCAAUGCCUCCAUCCUCUCCUCGCUCUCCGACAAUCCCUCCGCCUACAACAAGCGCAUCCGUCGUGGUCGUGGUCCCGCCUCCGGCAAGGGUAAGACCUCCGGACGUGGUCACAAGGGUCAGAAGGCACACGGAAAGGUCCCAGCCGGCUUCAAUGGUGGCCAAACCGCCGAUAUUGUCGUCAGUGGUACACGGGGUGAAACCAACAUCUUCGCCCUCGAAAUGGCCCCUGUGAACCUCUCCCGCAUCCAAGAGUGGAUCGAUCAAGGCCGCAUCGACCCAACCCGCCCCAUCACCGUCCGCGAACUUACGCAAUCCCGCUGCAUCCACAGGCACAAAGAUGGAGUCAAGGUUCUCGGCGACGGAGCCUCAUCCCUCAAACAGCCCAUCCACCUCGUCGUCUCGCGCAUUAGCGCGUCAGCUAUCUCCGCCGUCGAGGCGGCCGGUGGAUCUGUUGCAACACGCUUCUACACCCGCAGCGCGAUCAGACGCAUUAUGGCGAACGAGACACACCCCUUCAUCAGUAUGGCGUGGAGUGCUGAGAGUGGCUCGAAGGAGUUGCUCGAGGCGGAGUUUGCGAAACUCAACCUUAAUGUUAAGGCUGGCGUUGAGGAGAAGAGUGUUAUGGAGGCCAAGGGGUUGAAGUACAGAUUGCCUGAUCCUACGGGACGUCGGGAUAUUGAGUAUUAUCGUGAUCCGGCGCAUCGGGGGUACUUGAGUCACUUGCUCAAGCCUUCUGAGGGCCCUAGUUUGUUCUUCCGUUCGCCUGAGGAGCGUAAGUCGGCGGCUGGUACUAAGAAGGAGAAGGUUCUGCCUGAGAACAGACUUUGGUAA